CGUAUUUAUGGCGUGUACACAGCAUUUAAAGCAAGUUUUCAUUUUGAGACAGAAGCUAAAACAUUUAAAGAUACCUUUGCAAGAAAUGAAGAGGAUGACAGCGAAAAAGAAAGAGAAGCAAAGGCAAAUGAUGACAAAUGAUUCAGUGCAUCGGUGCGUGUGUCACAAGCGCACCAGUUUGGGACCCCUGUCGUUCCACUCAAAUGUGAACGGUCGUCUGAUUACGCUGAGUGACGGUGGGCGACGCGCGACCAGAGAUGAGUCGUCGUUUCGCCACGGUCUGGUGUUCAGCGCGCGACCGGUACAGAUCCAGGAGAAGUUGCGCCUGCGGGUCGAGAGCUCUACGGGGAAUUGGCACGGCUCGUUGCGGGUCGGGUUUGCAAAUGUUUUACCCGAGGAGACAACGUUACCCUCACUGGCUGUUCCAGACUUGACCGACUCCUCCUCACUGUACGCAGCAGCGCUACUUCCCGAAGACAAGUGUUACCCAGGCUCAGAGAUGGAGUUCUGGAUCGACAGUAGUGCCACUCUUUGGGCACGAAGUUCUGAUGGUACCACCUUCUUUGAGUCGACUGCUCUAAAUAUCCACUGGCCCAUCUGGGCGAUGAUUGACAUCUAUGGACAGACAACCGCAGUGAUGCUGCUUGGUUCCGAAAAGAAAGGUCUGCUAGGCACCUAUAGGUCCUGCCCUGCUCUGAAACACACUGAUGAUGAUAACUGUGUCUAUGGAGACAUCAAGAAAGAAACACUGGAAAGACUGAAUAAACCAAUGAGCAUGCAGAUCCAUGAGUCUGAUAACACAAGUACUGAAGCCUUUGACUCUGAAGAUUGUGUAGUGUGUUACAGUGAAAAGACAAACAUUCUUCUGAGCUGCGGUCAUAAAUGUGUUUGUACCCCAUGUGCCACAAAGAUCUAUGAGAUGUCUAGGAAGUGUCCCCUGUGUCGUCAGUCCAUACAACCCAUCCAGUUUAGCUAGUGCCACACCAGUUUGUUAUUCGCUUGUUAAGUUAUGACGUAAAAAUACCAUCUCCUGGUCCAAACCUCCACUCGCUUCAUAUAAGACUACAAUCUCAACAGCUGUUUAUGAGCCAUAUUUAUUCAUAUCACACAUUUAAGCAUUUUUAUAAACUUGCGGUGUACAUUACAUUCACCAAGCUCAGAAUGUCCCAGACAACAAAACUGUAAUGAUUCAUGAAAGAUUCAUUGCUUUCCGUCCAUCUGGGAUUUCAGUAUGAGAUAAAGGUUAUUUUGAUAUGUGCACUGUGAAUGAGUUGCUGUUUUUUGCUUAAAGCAUCUUAUGGAGCAUUUGGACCCGGAAGUUGACAUAAAGCUUAACAAGCAUAUUGGUUCAUGCACGUUUCAGUGCUGUGGUUAUGUUAUGCAGAGGUCUGUUAUUGCACCCCUCCACAUGCUGUACCUCUGUAUUAUUACCUCUGGUUUGUAAGUCACUUUGCAUAAAGAGAUCUGCACAAAGUUUACAUGUUUAUAUGAAUACAAUGUAUAUAUUUCGGAUGGCUAAAACCGUAAUGAACAUAUAAAGACUAAAUGUAAAUAUUGUAUGUAAAUAUGUUGAUAUCUAUGUUUGGAUUACAAAAAUGUGUUUAUUGAAAGUCACUUAAUAUAUAUUUGAUCAUAACUGUGAAUAUGUUUGGUUUUAAAUACACUUUUGUAU